GAUAGUUUUAGUCGGCGCCAAUAGCACCAACUCGCCGUUCCAAGGAGCUCUAGAUCCGGCGAACGUGCGCGCUGUGCUUCGAUGCUCAAUAGAGGAAAGCUCGAAGCAAAUUACAGCCAAUAACUUCCUGAAUAGACCAGUUAUAUAAAGCUAAUGAAUUAGAAAAAUUUCACAAAGUUUAAGAAGCAAGAAAUCUUCGGAAAUUGGCCCGGAACGGCCUUACCGGAAGCCAACAUGCGGAAAUCAAUAUUAUUCAUCGUAAUUAUCGGAAUCAUUUGCAUACAAGAAGCCACUGCGAGAAAACGCAAAAGGAACAUCAAGGGACCGUGUGCUGGACGUGACUGUAGGAACCUAGGACCAUGUUCUUUCUGUGUUUCGGAGAAGGGAAAUAGGGGGUUUCCCGGGAGACAAGGAGAUGUUGGAACAACCGGACCUCCAGGAUUUCCAGGCCCAGAGGGUUUGUCAGGUCCGAAAGGAGAAAAGGGUUAUCCUGGUAGAAUUGGAGCGAGGGGACAGUCUGGAAGCAGGGGAGAAACCGGUGCACCGGGAUAUGCAGGAGUCAACGGAUUGCCUGGACAUCCUGGAGAACAAGGGCCGGUAGGACAUCCGGGACUUGAUGGGUGUAACGGAACGGAAGGAGAUCUGGGUCCUCGUGGAGAAGCCGGACCACCUGGGCUACCAGGACCUGUGGGUCGGGAUGGCGCUCCUGGCGAAAAAGGUGAACCUGCAUAUGUCGAUGACGCUUCUAUGAUCAAAGGAGCCUCGGGAGAAGACGGCCCUAUUGGCCCAGAAGGAAGGCCUGGCAUUCAGGGCCCAGUUGGACAAAUGGGCCCCAUGGGAUACGACGGUCCGCCCGGACCCCCUGGCCCUCCUGGUCGAAAAGGACAAAAGGGAGACGAAGGGAAUGAAGGGAUCGGUUAUCAAGGAGAAAAAGGAGAAAAGGGAUCCAUUGGUACCGCCGGAGGACGACCUGAUUUUCUUGAACGAAAUCCACCUGGCUUCACACAACCUCUCAAAGGACUUCCUGGUAGAAACGGAAGUAAGGGUUACAAAGGAGAAAAGGGAGACAUUGGAUUCCCAGGAUUUGUUGGACCACCGGGCUUCGAUGGCAUGCAGGGUGAAACAGGAGAGAAAGGUGUUCGGGGGCCCGCAGGGCCUCGUGGACCUUCUGGCGUGCCCGGAGUGAAUGGCUUCAAUGGAAGAAAGGGAGAACCUGGGGACGAUGGAAGACCAGGAACUGAUGGUGCACAAGGUCUAAAAGGCGAAAGAGGGGUACCGGGAUCUGAAGGAAUUCCUGGAUUCCGCGGACUUGAUGGUCUAGAUGGCCCAUCAGGGCCUCCUGGUUUCCCAGGUCCCGAAGGAGAAAGAGGAAUCAGGGGAGAAACAGGCAUUCCCGGACUUGAUGGCCAAUCUGGUUUGCAUGGGGAAAAAGGCGAACGAGGAAACCGUGGACCAGCAGGGUCACCGGGUGACAGUGUGCAGGGGGAGAAAGGAAGAACUGGACUCAAAGGACUUGAUGGACUUGACGGUGUGCCUGGGCCCGCUGGUUUGCCUGGUGACAAGGGUUCUCGAGGAGAUGUUGGCGCUCCAGGGCGAUCAGUCAAAGGCGAAAGUGGCAAAGAUGGAAUGGACGGUCUUCCUGGUUUACGUGGUCUUCAAGGACCUAGAGGUCGUCCUGGUGAAUCAGGAAAGCUCAUUUAUGACGGUGAAAAUAUAGUUGGUGAAACUGGGCCUACGGGAGAUGUUGGAGCAAAGGGUGCAAAGGGGUUGAAAGGUGAAAUGGGACCUACGGGAUUGAUGGGCAUGAAAGGUGAUCAUGGAGGAGAAUGUGACUGCGCAGAUGCCGUGGGUGAACGAGGAGACCCCGGUUCAAGAGGACCUCCUGGAUACCCAGGUCGCAAUGGCCUUCCUGGUAUACCAGGAAGAGAAGGGGAAAGAGGACCACCCGGUGAAAAUGGUGCAAUGGGAACUCCUGGAGACCUAGGACCUCGAGGUUUUUCGGGCAUUCCUGGACCUCCUGGAAGAAAAGGUGAGCCUGCAACUGGUGACAUAUUCAAAGCACAGAAAGGGGAGCAAGGUGUUCCAGGGGGACAGGGUCCCCCAGGACUGGAUGGUCUACCUGGACGAGCUGGUGGAAUUGGUGGUCCUGGAGCUAGAGGAGAAAAGGGAGAACUAGGACCCAUAGGAAAACCUGGCAAGCCUGGCCCUCAAGGUUCGGAUGGCGAAAGAGGAAACCCUGGUCGGCCUGGACGGGAUGUUGAAGGAACACCUGGAGCCAGAGGUUUGAAAGGAGAGUCUGGACGUCCAGGUUUACCUGGUAUAACUGGAUACCCCGGAAAACAAGGCCCACCUGGUGAAGCGUUAGAAGUAGAGGUGCCGAGGGGGGAAAAGGGAUUGAUGGGUCUGCCUGGCCCACCGGGGUUACCAGGAUCAAAAGGAGACACGGGUGACAUGGGAAGACCAGGUGUUGAUGGGUUGGCAGGAGUAGUUGGUGAAUCUGGAGAACCAGGGCCUCCGGGGCUACCUGGCCUCCCAGGACCUAAAGGCUUCCCUGGGGAAACUGGUGACAAGGGUGGUCCAGGACCACCUGGUCGAGAUGGGUAUGAUGGUGAUUAUGGGGUCCCUGGCCCUCCGGGAGAGAAAGGAGUAAAGGGAGAACGUGGUGUUUCAGAUAUUCGAGGAAGGACAGGAGGAGAAGGUCCAAAGGGUAAUCCCGGUAAAGGUGGAGGGAAAGGCCCUGUUGGUGAACCUGGUACACCAGGAGAGCCAGGCAAAAUGGGUGCAGAUGGCAAGCCAGGACCGGAUGGAGAGCCCGGCUUAAUAGGACCAGCUGGAAGACUAGGACCGCCAGGACAAAAAGGAGAAUCUGCUUUUGAAGGCCGACCUGGAGACAGAGGGCCUACUGGCCCACGUGGCCCUCCUGGAUUAAUUGGGGUAACAGGUCCAAAAGGAGAGAUUGGUGGGGCCGGCCCUCCUGCCACUGGUAAAUUUAAAGGAAUGAAAGGAUUCCCUGGACUGCCUGGAAAAUAUGGUGAAAAAGGUUUCACAGGCCCCCCAGGACAAGCUGGAGAACCAGGAAGACCAGGGUUUGAAGGAUUCCCAGGUCCCAAUGGAAUGAUGGGAGUAAUUGGCUCUGUUGGACUGCCUGGACCUCCUGGAAAAAUGGGACAAAAAGGAUCAUACGGACCAGAAGGACCGAAAGGAGACACUGGACGAGAAGGAAUCCCUGGUGAUGUGGGGGGAAGAGGCGACGUCGGUAGUAAAGGUCCUAAAGGUGAAAAAGGUCAACCAGGUGAAGCUUUGAAUGUGACUAUUGUUGGACAAUUAAUGGCAUCCAAACAUGGAGAACCUGGUGCGCCAGGGGAGAGAGGUUUACCAGGACUACCAGGAAUGAUUGGUAUGACUGGUAAGAAAGGUGAAGAAGGCGAUCCGGGUAAAAAAGGAGAACCAGGUGAAGCAGGACCAUCAACCGGUGGAUUGCCAGGAAGACCUGGAUUGGAUGGAUUGAAUGGCGAAGACGGAGAAACUGGAGAACCAGGGUUGCCGGGUUUGAUUGGAGAAUCAGGGGAAAAGGGCGAUGUUGGUAGACCUGGACCAAAUGGAUUGCCUGGUCCUUCUGGAGAAACAGGUCAGCCUGGCAGAGAUGGUCCCGAAGGUUCACCAGGUCUGGCAGGACUAGACGGACUCAAUGGAAUGAACGGGGAUAAAGGUACAAAGGGAAGACCAGGUCUGUCUGGUAUCGUUGGUAUAUCUGGUAUGCCUGGUACCAGGGGCAUUAGAGGAGAUAGAGGAUUCACUGGCCCUCCAGGCACUCCAGGUGAAAAGGGAAUGGUAGGAUUUCCAGGUAGAAAUGGAAUUGAUGGUUUGAAUGGAAGAACUGGUUUGUCAGGACCUACUGGGACGAAAGGAGAAAAAGGUGAUGCAGGUAUUUCUGGUCUGGAUGGACUAGAUGGAACGGAUGGAACAAACGGACCAAAAGGACGCCCAGGGUUCUCUGACGUUCCUGGACCAGCUGGAAGCAUUGGUUUACCAGGACUACAAGGACCACCAGGAGAAAGUGGAUUACCUGGGUUAUCUGGGUCUCAGGGACGUCAAGGAGAUCGGGGUGAUGUUGGACUUCCUGGAUUAGGAGGAAGACAAGGUUUCCCUGGUGAUGCAGGGUUGCCAGGUUUCCCAGGUGAAAAAGGUGAAGCAGGACUCAAUGGAAGGCAAGGAUUGCCCGGACCACCAGGCCCGCCUGGCCCAGAAGGAGAAAUAGGAUUGCCUGGAAAUGCGGGAGAAAGAGGAAUGAGGGGAAUGAAUGGUAAUCCUGGACUUCCAGGAAGAGAUGGACGCCCGGGUUCACCUGGAGAAAGUGGAUCUCCUGGAGAUAUUGGAGAGAGAGGAGACAAAGGCAUGAAAGGAAUGUCAGGUCUCACUGGAAUUCAAGGUCCAGACGGUGCAAAAGGAAAUGCAGGAUUGCAAGGACAAAUUGGAAGACCAGGAUUCCCUGGCAGACCAGGAGAACGAGGUGACGCAGGACCACCAGGUCGAUCACUAGAACCAGAAAAUGUUCCUCCUGGUCCAAAAGGAGAAAAAGGACGACGAGGGUUGCCAGGUUUAAUGGGAUUGGAAGGGGAACCUGGACCCAGCGGUAUCGAAGGAUUUAAGGGAGAGCCAGGUAUUCCAGGCAGAAAUGGAAUCAAUGGAAUACCGGGGCCAAGAGGAGAAAGAGGAAGCGAUGGACCCACAGGAUUGACUGGACCACAAGGACCAGCUGGACUCGAUGGAGCACGAGGAACAAAGGGAAGAACUGGAAAACCAGGAAAAUUCAGGCCUGCUGGUCAUUUAAUAGUUCGACAUAGUCAAACAGUUGAUGUCCCAACAUGUCCUGGUGGAACUUCUAAACUGUGGUCUGGGUUCAGUAUGCUGUAUCUGUCCGGAAGUGAACGAGCUCAUGGACAAGAUUUAGGUUCAACAGGGUCGUGUCUUCGUCGUUUCAACACAAUGCCAUUCUUGUAUUGCAAUGUGAAUGAAGUUUGUAAUUAUGCCAGCAGAAAUGAUAAAUCAUACUGGCUUGCAACAACAUUACCGAUACCUAUGAUGCCUGUGGAAACUGGGCUUGAAGAGUACGUCAGCAGAUGCACAGUUUGUGAAUCACAAUCAAUAGCAAUGGCGUUCCAUAGUCAGAGUGAUAUGAUACCUGAUUGUCCAAAUGGAUGGAAAGGACUUUGGUUUGGAUACAGUUUUGUAAUGCACACAGCAUCAGGAGCAGAUGGAAGUGGUCAGUCGCUAUCAAGUCCAGGUUCUUGCCUAGAAGAUUUCCGAGCAACACCGUUCAUAGAGUGUAAUGGUGCUCGAGGACAUUGCUUUUUCUACAAUAACCAAUUUUCAUAUUGGCUGACGACAAUCAGCAAGGAAGAGCAAUUUACUUCACCUAAAAAAGAGACUCUAAAAGCUGGCAACCUUCGAACAAGAGUCAGUAGAUGCCAAGUCUGUGCAAAAGUACUUUAGAUUCAAACAUGUAAUGAACAACCAUAGAUGAUAAUGAUAUUGCAAUGAAGUACACUUUGAAGGUUGCCAUACUGAAUCAAUAAAACUAGAAAACAAGAAAAGAAAAAACAGAAGUAAACACAGUGUUCCCAUUUGCAAAUUAAGGUGCCAAGUUUUCAAUGAUUUAUUUAACAAUUAUUGCUCCAUCAGCGAACCUCACUUACUUCUAAACAAUGCAAUUACAAUCUCUAUGUCCAUCCAUUACACAGAUCAUUAUUUGGACCAAAAUUCUGCACUAUGUUGUUGUUAUAAGAUAUUUGGAGGUUGAAUUACUUUCAUAACAACAUUGUUAAAAUGCAUAUUUGUAGACUUAAUUUCAGAAAUUAUAAUAUAAGUCUACUCUGAAUAUGUAUAAAAGUGACUUUAAUGAUAAAUUUCAGCAGAAGUUUAAUUUUUUAGCUAUUCCCAGAUAAACUUGGUAAAUACACAUAAAGGGAUCCAAAAAUGUGUAAUACGGUAAUUGUUUUAAUAGUUUAGAAUUGAAUAGUUAAAAUUAGUUUGAUACUUCAUUGCAAUGUUGGUUACCUACAUACCUGUAUCACCUUAUUGAAGAAUAUCUAUUCCCUCCAGCAUAUAUGAAAAUCAGCAUAAAAAGGCCAACGAUAAAUCGAGUAUUUUAAUAUUUUUGUCUCGUGCCUGUUUUUAUUUUUAUGUACAUAGUAUAUGAAAAACGAAUUUCAGCAAAAAUUAUUUUGAAAAAUACAUAGAAAAUCAAAAUUAGAAAAAAAAUUCUACUAGACUCGAUCAAAAAACAAAAUUAGAAUCCUUAACAAACUAUUCAUCACUUUUCUAAAAUUAUUUUUGCUGAAGAAAUAAACCAUAUUAGUGCCUAAAAUUUUUUACUAUUAUUUUUUAUUUAUCAUAUUUUUUGCUGUUGUAUCUAGAAAUCAUCACAUUGUUAUACUUUAUCAAUUGAGUUUAAUCUCAAUCUUAGCAUGGAAUAGAUUUGGGGGCUGAAAUCCAUCCAUUUUCUAAUUUUUCUCCAUGCAGACUUAAUCAGCCUAAAAAGAAAUCUCAAACUAUUUUAAAGGAAUUAGUUGAACUAGAAAUUCUAUAAUACAUUCAUUUGAGAUUUCUAGACCAGUGGUUCUCAAACGGUGGGGCACACUCCACAAGGUGGGUGCAGACAAUUUUUUGCGGGGGCGUGAAGAUGAUUAAAAAUCUAAUUAUUUGUUAGAUUUGAUCCUGUUCGCCUUAUUCUGGAUAAUUACACUCCUUCUAUAUAUUUCAACAUGUUUUUUGAAUAACACAUACCGGUACUUUCGCUUCCCUAUCUGGUAUUUGUAUUGUAGCUUAUUGUUAGCUAGUUUUUCUUAAUCUUAAUUCUAAAAAGAGGGUGCGGCUUAAAAAGUUUGAGAACCACUGUUCUAGGCAAGUCGUCAAAUUUUGGCUUUGACAUUAACAUGCGCAUACCUGUACCAAAGUAAAUAUAGCACACACCCAAUAUUGUUGUCAAUAAAACUCUGGUACAUAAUCUUCUCAUAUAAAAAUAUGAAAAUAAAACUUAUUCGUUCGUUAUUUGGCAUCAAAUCAUGAAUAUUUUUGAUAAAAGCGAGCACUAAUACUUCUGUAAAUCUCGAACUAUAUGAUAUUGUGAAAUUUUCUUAUUUGUUUUCAUCAUUUUGUCUUGUCCUUUACAACUAAUUUGUCUUCCACUUUCUAGAUAAGUGCCGUGAAUGACGCUUUUGAUCAAAGGUCGCUUUAAUUAAAUUAUUCAAUUUUGGGCGCUCCGGAAGCAAGUGUAUCAAGAUGACGCACAACUUGAAACGUAACCGGGUACACAUACUAUGUUCAGGUUGUGCGCCAUCUUGCUACACAUAAUUCGGGAGCACCAAAGUUUGUGCUUAACUCGGAUAAACUUGGACAUGAAAAAUAUAAAAGAAAGUCUGUUUUGUGUGUUGUACUAUCCUGUCUGUUGUUGCUAAAUAUGUAUUGUAUGUUUCAAUCUUUUGUUUUUGGGGAUAUAUUGAAGUUCUGUACUUUCAAUAACAUAUUGAUUUGAGUACAUAUUUCAACAGUAUUACAACUGAUUUGUUUGUUUUGUUGUGUUUUCUUGUUUGUGGAUAAAUGUCUGAAUGAUGCUCUUUAUUAGACGUCCUUAGGUACUCCUGAAGUAUUCGUACCAAGAUGUCGCACAACCUGAACAUAGUAAGUGUACCAGGUUAGGGUUGUGCGUCAUCUUGAUACAAAUACUUCCGGGGUGCCCGUCCUUGCACAGGAAUUAUUCAAUUUCAUGCUCAACUCAAUUAAAUAGGAAAAAUAGGAAUGAAAUUCUUUUUUUUGUGUGUUGUACUGUUUUGUGUGUUAUUGCUGGAUUCUAUGUUUCAAUUUUCAUAGAUAUAUUGAAUUUUUAUGAUUCCAAUCGAAAUUGAGUACUUUCAGUCAGUGUUGCAUGUUAUUAGCAUUAUUUGAACAUUUCAUACUGGCAAACCAAUCGACACUUUAGGUCCAUUACGUUAAUGUGUUAUAUGUACUCAUAUCCAAACCAAAAUCAUGAUUAAUUCAAUGCUCGCAUGGUUAUUCUCAGCCCAAUCGUUAAUUAAAUCCUCUCAUUAUCAGAGGUUUAGCAGAAUCCAACUCUUAACUGUUGCCAGAUUAUUUCAGUCUCGGACUUGUAAUAAAAAUAUUCUUCUACCAUUGAAUACAGCAUAUUACUAUUAUUCUUAUGUUAUUUUUUCUUUGUUGUAUUUACAACAAAAAUUGCUCACAAAGUAAAGUUUCUUUUUCAUGAUGAUUUCAAUAAAAUAUCUCACUUAACACAAAAA